UGGGAUUUCGUUUUCAAUCUCGCAUCCUGAAUCGACUCGAACCGACCGACAUCAACCACCCAGCGCUUGUGGUGACAAUUGUCUGUCUUUCGACGUGGUAAGAUAGACUCGAGUCGCAAAUAUGGCUGUCGGAAAGAACAAGCGCCUUUCCAAGGGCAAGAAGGGUCUCAAGAAGCGCACCGUCGACCCCUUCUCGAGAAAGGACGAGUACUCCGUUAAGGCUCCGUCCACUUUCCAGAUUCGCGAUGUUGGAAAGACCCUCGUCAACCGUACCAGCGGUCUUAAGAACGCCAACGACUCCCUGAAGGGCCGAAUCUUCGAGGUCUCCCUUGCCGAUCUCCAGAACGACGAGGACCACGCUUUCCGCAAGGUUAAGCUCCGUGUGGACGAGAUCCAGGGAAAGAACUGUCUGACCAACUUCCACGGUCUGGACUUCACAUCCGACAAGCUGCGCUCCUUGGUCCGCAAGUGGCAGUCCCUGAUCGAGGCCAACGUCACCGUCAAGACCACCGAUGACUACUUGAUCCGACUGUUCGCCAUUGCCUUCACCAAGAGACGCCCCAACCAGAUCAAGAAGACCACCUACGCUCGCUCGUCUCAGAUCCGGGCUAUCCGCAAGAAGAUGCUGGAGAUCAUCCAGCGUGAGGCUGCUAGCUGCACCCUCUCCCAGCUUACCACCAAGCUCAUCCCCGAGGUCAUCGGUCGCGAGAUCGAGAAGUCCACCCAGGGAAUCUACCCCCUGCAGAAUGUCCACAUCCGCAAGGUCAAGCUCCUCAAGCAGCCCAAGUUCGACCUCGGUGCUCUGCUGAACCUGCACGGUGAAUCUACGACUGACGACAAGGGCCAGAAGGUCGAGAGAGAAUUCAAGGAGACCGUUCUUGAGAGUGUUUAAAUUCAGCUAUGACUGGACGACUAGUCCCUUGUGAUCUGCCACCGAUAUACUUCCUGAUCCCAUUAGAGAGAUAACUAGUGUGUGUAUUGAUGGAAUGGCACUACGGGAUUUAGCACUCUUCGAAAUGAAUAUUCAAAAAAAUUAUGUGUUUUCUCUUGAAUCUCUGGGCAGUGGCGGGUAGUUUUCGGCUGAUAUUGACCCCCCGGGUCAUGCAAAAUGUGAUUACUAUGGUUUAGUAAAACCUGUCGGUUCUAACCGUUCUCAAUAAAUCUCCAUCGUGUAUUGUAGAUUUGCUCUCAAGUCACGGCAUUAUUGUAUGGUCUACACUUUCAAAUACCUCUCUUCAAGGUUCAGAGAGAGAGAGUUAUGCGACACAAUCCAUGUCAAUCUAGAAUUUCUACUGUU